AUGAAUGUCAAGUCGGCAUUCUUGCAUGGUGAUCUUGAUGAAGAGAUUUACAUGAACAUCCUACUGAGUUUCUGCAAGGACAACAAGCUCAUCUGGAGACUUAACAAGGCCCUCUAUGGUCUUAAGCAGGCUGGGCAUGAGUGGUACAAGAAAAUCUGUGCUGAUUUUGAGGCACUCGAGUUCACCCGCUGCAACUUGGUCCACAGCAUGUUCUACAAGAAUGACAAUGGUACCCUUCUUGUUAUCGCAAUCUAUGUUGAUGACAUGCUCAUCCUCUCUGACAACCCUGCUGCUGUCAACACCCUCAAGGAUGAUUUUAAGCCUUGCUUCGAGAUGACUGACCUUGGUGAAGCAUGA